AUGUCCCUCUGGCUCCUCGACCUCAUCGCCCUCCUCCCCUCAAAAUGGCAGGAGUGGAUCCUACCACCGUCCAGUAUCACCGUCGUCGAAAAUUCCCCAACAAAAGUCCAACUCAGCCGCAUCACCCACGUCUAUUUCGAACAUGCGGAUCUUGAAGCCUUCACGGGGUUUGCUGAGGAUUUCGGCUUCGUCGAAGCUGCGCGAAAGGGGAAAACAAUUUACUACCGUGGAUAUGGAAGGGACCCCUACGUCUAUGUGGCGUCUCAGAGCUCAGCGCGGAAAUCUAAAUUUCUAGGCGCAGCCUUUGCUGCGAGAGAUGAGGAGAAUUUUACCAAAGCCGCCGCGAUGCCAGGGGCUUUUCGCAAGACACUGGUUGAAGCACCAGGGGGUGGAGAGAUUGUUACAUUUACAAGGCCAAAUGGGACAUUGUUCCAUGUGGUGUGGGGGCAAAUUGAGCGGGACGUUGAGGUAAAGUCGACACCAACAGCGACACACGACUUCCAGGGACCUUUUAAUACCCCGUUUGAGAAACCGCGAAAGGGGCAGUUCCAACGGUAUCAUGAUGGACCGGCACUGGUGCAUAAGCUCGGACAUUACGGCUAUGUGUGCAAAGACUUUGAGACGGAGCUUGAGUUCUACACUUGUAACUUCAACUUUGUGCACUCAGAUAUCUUGUAUCUUCCAAAAUUUCGGCAGAUGGAUGUCAUGACUUUCAUGCACCUCGAUCUUGGUGAGGAUUAUACAGACCACCAUACCUUUUUCUUGCAGCGGGCGUCACCGACUGUGCGUGAGACAUACGUCCAUCAUACCUCGUUUGAGGUGGCUGACUUCGACACGCAGCUAAUGGGGCACCAUUAUCUAGCUAAAAAGGGGUGGAAGAGUGUUUGGGGGGUGGGAAGGCAUAUUCUUGGAAGUCAGAUUUUUGAUUACUGGUAUGACACUUCGAAGUUCAAGAUCGAGCAUUAUGCGGACGGGGAUGUGGUGAAUCGAUACAAUGUCACGCGUAGGGAGCCUGUUGGGCCGUUGUCUAUUUGGGGGCCUGAGCUGCCCAGGGAUUUCGGGGCUAACAAGGCGGGAUAG